AUGACGUCGCGACGACACUCCGUCGAUUUAUCCAGUUUUGAGGAAGGACGCGGGCCCCAUGAGGAACCCGGGCCGUAUGACGGAUCGGUGCCGAACACUGGCAAUCGCCAGUCCACGAGCCAAGGAGGAGAUGCUUCCGAUGAAACUGCCAUGCCCGUAGUGGGCGAACCACGCUCGGAAGCUCCAAACGUCGGCAACGGAGCGAGAAGUCGUGGCGAUCCGCCAUCGACACACAACUUGUACACGAAGCCCGCGCAAAGCAAGCCGUCAAAAACUGAUAUCACCGGCUGGGACUACGUGUACGACCGACUAAGGUUAUAUGAUCAGGAAAUGAUUAAGGGCUACUCCCAGGAUAUCGACAACCUCCUCAUCUUUGCAGGUCUAUUUUCCGCGGUCCUCACCGCGUUCCUGGUUGAGGUUUACACCCAGUUGCAACCGGACAACACCCAGCUGUCUGUCCAACUCCUCUCGAACAUUUCUCUCCAGCUCCAGCAGAUCUCCUUGAACCAAGCCGCCCCUGCGUCUGUCGAACCGCUGAAUAUGUCCUUUCAGGCCGAUUCACAUGUGGUCGCGAUCAACAUGCUCUGGUUCCUGAGUCUGAUCCUCGCCCUCGCCUCCGCUCUGCUCGGCAUAUUCGUGAAACAGUGGCUCCGCGAGUACAUGGCUUGGCCAAACAUCUCUCCAGUUCAGCACGCCAUACAGCUUCGGAAGUUCCGCUAUGAUGCCUUUCAUAAGUGGAAGGUCCCCGCCAUCGUGACGCUGGUUCCUGGCCUACUACAGCUUGCAGUCGUACUAUUCUUCGGUGGCCUCGUCACUCUUCUAUGGCCUAUUGAUAUCAUCGUAUCCGGAGUGUGCUGCGCUGCCGCUGGCCUGACCAUAUCCCUGGCCUCGCUGACUGUGCUACUACCGCUGUUCUUCGAGACUUGUCCAUACAAGACACCUUUUGGAUGGAUGAUACGCCCUAUUCUACGACCGUUUUACCGCAUGAUCAGACCAUUUGUGUCCUCCCUGUACCUCUGGAACUGGCCAGACCGGCUCAAAGCCAUCAAAGAGUACUGUUGGAAUUGUCGAUAUCCCGUCCCGGACAUGUACGCUUUCGACGGAUGGGAUCAUCGCGAUCUCGCACUGCGGUGCUUCGGACGUGAUUCCGAGAGCAGCAUCGCGUAUCAAUUCCACUCGCUGCUGUGGCUUGCCUCACACGAGGAACUCGGAGACGAUGUGAUCGCGCGAUGCAUCUCCGCUUCACCAGGACCGCGCGUGCGCACCCGUUCUGCCCUCCAACGGGUUGACAAUUCUUGGCCUGUAAAACCGGAGCGGCGCAUACGUGGGUACUGGAAGGCCAUCUCGGAGCUGUUCGGGAUGCCAUGCGUCGGACCUACGAUCCCGGCGCUCGAUAUACUCGACAAGGCGUGCAUCUACGACUUUGGCCAGGGAACCUCCCAGAUCAACCACGCGAAACUUUGUGAUGCCUUCGCUUCGCUGACAUCCUUCAACGACACACAAGUUCUACUGAUAUCAGAACUGCUCAGAUCCGGUCUCGAUACGCUCCUACCCGAUGCAAUGAGCACCAUUACGAAUACCUCCGACCUCUACAGUAAAUCGCUGGUCAUGAUUCUCUUCAUCGCGACACAAAAUGAUCGUACUCAUGUCCCAUGCGUCAAUUUCUUGCUCAAAAACCUUACAAAGUCCGACGAGUCCGACCUGACAGACGCGAAUGAGAAUAUUUCUGCUAUAUUCUAUGGCUUUCGGGAUAAAAUACGUUUUAUCUACCGGGAGCUGAAAGACAUGACUGACAUGCUUGAGCUUGCAUGUUCAUGCUAUGACCGUGCCGCGUUUCGGUCGGCUUACGUGCAUCGUGAUCGCUUCUGGACCGCGGUGUCGUGCGUCACCAAUACAGAAGCAGAUGAGGGGAUCGCGCGAGCCCAGCGCUACACGGAAUCCUUCAAGUUCCAACGCUGGCGCAUGGCCAUGACUCGACCCGGCGUCUCUUCCCUCUCUACUCUCCUCAGUCCUGAGGCCUACGGCGUCGGACGCUCUGUCCUCAUGAGCUCCAUCACCGCCGCCCUCGCAACACCAUCCACCUCCCAGAAUGAGCCGGCCAGCUCAGACGCGUCGCGCAAGCGCAAGAUCGCCGACGCCAUCCACACCCUCGACGAGGCCAUUGGGCCCUCGACUUCCGACCUCUCGCCGCCUUCAAAACGCCAUCAUGGUGCACGGUCGAUAUACACGACUCUCGCCAAGUAUGGCAUAAAGACGAAAGAGCCGCGCGCUGCGACGAGUAGUCUCUCACUCAAGUCAGAGGCGCUCGUAAAAGCUCCUCACCUCUCCGCCAUCCUCUCCCGCACCGCGUCGCGUCGCAAGAAAGCCUCGGCCAUCGCCAGUAGCAGCCAAACAACCGCCCUUCCAGGGAAAGAGUUCUCGCCCUCCUCCGUGCCUUCCUUCAUCCGCCGUCUUGGCACCUUCAAGCUCUCUACCUACGGCAACAAGCCUCCUGCGAUCGACGCCGUUGCCGCGGCGAAGCGCGGCUGGACGAGCGACGGCGUGACGAAGGACCGGCUGGUGUGCGACUUCUGCGGCGCGUCCUGGGUCGUCGCUGGUCGCGAAGGUCUGUCACGGGAUGCGGCCGCGGCGCUCGUCGAGAAACAGAGGUUGCAGCUCGCGUCGAUGCACAAGGACUUAUGUCCGUGGAAGACGCGUCAGUGCGAUGAUUUGAUAUAUCGCAUACCGCUCAAACCUCCUGCAUACAUGGCCCGCGAAGUCAAAUCCCGCGCGCUCUUACUCGAGCCAUUACUUGAAGGCCUUCAAAUCCGUCACCCCUUGACCUCAACACAGGUUUCAGCGCUCCAAAAGACGUUGGCCUCUGUGACCGUCCCGCCACUUUUUCAGCCCACCUCCGCCUCCCAAGCCGGCUCCUCCGCCUCGCGCUCCUCUACCCCCGAACCAGCUUCCUCUCCUCCACCGGCCUCUCCCUCACCCACUCCUACUCCCGCUCCUGCCCCCGCCUCUGCUGAACCAUCCGACACCGCCGCCCUCGCUGCCCUCUUUGGCUGGGCCCCCGCUCCACCGCCACCCCCCUCCACCUCGACAUCGCGCUUCCCCUCGCACUAUCCAUCUGCGUCCUCCGCCUCCCUCGUCAACCUCUCACGCUCCGCCUCCGUCGCCUCUUUCCGCUCUAUGGGCGACGAUUCGCCCACGCCCUCCAUAUCGGCCUCGACUUCCGUCUCCCGGGCCGGCACGCCCAACCCCUUCUCGUCCACCUACGGAGCGAGAACGAGUAGUACUUACACUAAACCCGAAAACGCGACCCUCUUCUGCGAGUUGUGCCAACGCCGCGUCGGACUGUGGACGUUUAUCCCCAAGAAAGAGCCUCCCCCUCUUCCUCCGAGCAGUGCUGCUGCAAUGGACGUCGACUCCGCUCCGCCGACCCCAAAGCCGCGCGCUCAACAGCAGCACCAACGGCCGUUCGACCUGCUCAAGGAGCACCGCUCGUACUGCCCCUACCUCGUGCGAUCGACGGUCAUUCCCACCCUCCCCUCCCCUCCCUCGCCUUCGCUUUCCACAUCCACCUCAUCAAGCGACACCACCGCUAACGCCACUGCGACCGGGACAAAACCGAAAGAAGACGUGAUGGAGGGCUGGCGCGCGGUGCUGACCGUGCUCUCGCGCUACGGCCUCGGCCACCGUGCGCGGCGGCGGGCUCCCCUUUCCGUUCUCGCGGGGCAAGAGGGGCAGAACGAAGGGCAGGAAGAGGUAGAGGAGGAAGUGGACGCGGUGAACGCGAUGAUCGCCGACGUGAAGAAACGGGGGAGCAGGGACCUGAUGAAAUACGUUAGGAGCUUGUUGGGGUAG